AUUGGCGCCGUUUACGCGCUGGGAAGAUGCUCAUCCAGGUGUGCAACAACUCAACGCAUAGCUGCCUCGUUUACGAAGUUCUCUGUGCAUCAUGGACUUUCCUUUUACGUGGCGGCUUGGGUCAGCACAAAGCGCAACGUUGCUGAUGUGAUGACGCGCCUCGAACGCCUUCAGCUACUUCGAGAUUACUUCCCGCGGGCGCGUCACAUUGUGAUUGGAUCCGACACCCUCCGCUCCGACGCUCUGUGGGGAGAUGUUGGCGAUCUUGAAAAGUUCCUCAUGGAGGGACCUAGCCGCGUCUUCUCAUUCCGAUGAGAAAACGAUGGCGAAGUGCCGGGGUGCAUCCUUAUGCAUCCUUACGACAAGCGUGGCAGCUUGUCUUAAGCUGUCCUGAGGGUUUUCAUAUUAAAACUAUUUUGAACCAAAUGAGGGGGCUUUCCUCUCAUUCGUGUGCCCCUCAAUCCAGAGCACUCUUGUUUGAAUUUCACCUCACGACUGCGUGG